AAGCACUUUAUUUCUUCUUUCUUUUUCUCUUACUUUUGAACCGUAUAAAUUUCCAGAAUUUCUUUAUAAUGGGUAAAGCAUGGUCUACUUGCAUUGUUAUUGUGUUACCAAUCAGCCAAAAGGGCUUUGCUUAUUUAAAUAUGCGCUUCUAUUCUCUUCUUACUUUGGUCUUUGCUACAAUUGUCUCUGCUGCUCCUGUCACAACCACAACAAACAGUCUUGUUGAUACCUAUACCCAUUGCAACCGACCUGGUGUGUUUGCUUUGACUUUUGAUGAUGGACCUUUCCAAUACUCUUGGGAUUUGGCUAAAUAUCUUCAUUCUGUUGGUGUCAAAGCUACCUUCUUUAUUAAUGGCGAUAACUGGGUCAAAGACUUUAGAACAGCUACCACAAAUACUUCCGAUGGCACAAGAUCAUACAUGGACGUCAUUAAAUACUAUCAUGAAUUGGGUCAUGAAAUUGCCAGCCAUACUUAUGGACAUGUCCCUCUUCGUGGACUUACUGCUGCACAAGUAGAAUAUCAAAUGAACCAACUUUCUGACUUAGUCUAUGAAGCCAUUGCUUUAAGACCUUCAUUUAUGCGUCCUCCCGAAGGUGUGUUGGAUGAAGCUGCUUCUCAAGUUGUCAAGAGACUUGGUUACAGUUCUAUUAUGUGGGAUGUUGAUACAAAAGACUAUGAACUCAAAGGCAUGACUAGUGAACAAGAACUUGUAAGAAGUGUUGUUGAAGCUGAUAUUGCUGUGCAAACAAAUGGUCAUAUUUCUCUUCAACAUGAUGUGCAUGAACACUCUGCCAAAGUACUCACACCUUGGAUGAUUGAAUAUGUUCAUUCCAAGAAUUAUACAUUUGUUACUGUAUCUGAAUGUUUAGGCAUUAGUGCUUAUCAUUCUUAGAAUAGAAUCUGAUAAUUACAUUUAAAUAAAAAAUUUAAUUGAUCUGAUAAUAGUUUGCAGUCAAG